AUGCAUCUUCUCUGUCCAAAAGCAAUUGAAAUAGACACCAACGCCUGUGAGGGGCACAGGUUCAAGGCUUACUGUCUUCGUUUCCUAUCACCGCCGAAUAAAGCUACCUGUCACAUCCGCCGGUACUGCUUUAGCUUAUUCUACACGGUUUCUCACGUCUUCCCAAUCAUGAAUACGCUGAUCUAUUGGGGCUGCCUUGUUCCCUCUGGGCAUGGCGGUUUUAAAUCGCCGACUCUACCGCAUCAUCCAGAGAACCCACCAUGUGGCAGUGCCGGGGCAAUCAGACACCAUCCAGACAAGGGGCUCUUUGACCAGGAUCCGAUGAAAAUAUUCUGUAUUAUUAACGUCUGGACUAUCACAACAGCUAUCGCAUUCAUCGAAAUAUGCUUCCUCAAUAGUAUCCGCCGCCAAACUCCUAUUAUAGGACAUGCGGCCGGAGUCAUGUUCUGUAGCGGUGCGUAUCUCGCGUGGGCAGGGUUUGGCAAACUCGUCACUGGGCACUCGGGGCUUUUCUUCCUGGACCCUGAGAUCAUAAAAGUACCGGGAGCCAUCAUCGCAUCGUGUAUCGCUUUUGUCGCGAUAUCUCCAGGAAUUUUCACGUACAUGUACGGAUUAAUCGCCAUGCGCGAGACGAUUACAGCAGUGCGUCACGAUUCGUCUUGCUAA